AAAUAAAGCAUGCCACCACGUGAAGAGUUCCCGACUAAAGGAUUGGAGGGUGCACCAAGUAAUGAUAUAGGUUGGCACUUUGGAACUCCAGUGCCAAAUGCGAGAGGAAGUAUCGUAUGUAAACUUUGUGGUAAAGUUGUGAAAGGAGGAAUAACACGAUUUAAAGAGCACAUUGCUCAUAAAACCGGCAAUGUUGCACCAUGCCCUAAUGUUACUGGUGUCAUUAGAGAAAGUAUGAUGAAUGUACUAAAAGAAAGCAACACAAAGAAAAUAGACAAAAAGAGGAGAAAAGAUGAAUUCUUAUCUCAAUUAACAGAAGAGGAGGAUGAGCAUGAGGGAUUCAUUGAUGAGGUUUCUGCUAUAAGGCAAGCAACUCGAGAAAGUAUCCAAUCACAACACGAGUGGCAUAGAAGGAAGAAUUGA